AUGACACGCAUCACGUACCCCAUCGCGUUCAAGCUCGAAGCUUUGAAACUCCUUGAGACCUUGUCCGACUACAAAGUAGCUGUGCUCCUUAACGUCGCUCGCAGGACUCUCCGCAACUGGCAAAAGCAGCGCAACGAGCUCCUUGCCUACAAAGGAAAACAAGAAGCGCCUGAAGUCCAAUACAUCAACGACUUGCGUGACGCUGAGCGUGCGCUGACGACAAUGCACAUUAUCAACUGGAUCAAACGAAACCAACGAACGUGGCUGCUAGACUACCUGUCCACCAAAGCCGCAGGGUCCGGCUACAAGGCCUUUCUCCAACUUCUCCGCCGGGAGACCUGCGAGCUGCGCGACGAGUUUGCGCUGGAGUUCCACCGGUCGCACAGCGCCCACAGCAAGGAGUGCACGUACAACGUUGACGAAACGGGUUUCUAUUACGAUAUGCCUCCCCACUACAUCUGGGCCGUGCGCGGCGGCAGCUCCAAGAUCUCCGCGGGAGAGAAGCACUCCAUGCGAAUGACGGCGGUGCUCACAGCACGGACAGCCCGGCGGACGCAUCGAAACAAACGAGGUGCCUACCUUCCCCGAAGGACACUUCUACGCCGUCCACGAGAAGGCCUGGAUGCACGGGUGUGGAAGCAGUUCUUGCGGUCGGUGCUGCACGACAUCGAAGAGUGCUCCGUCAUCCUAGUCGACAACUUUGAGGCCCAUGUGUCGGAGGAGUCGACCAAGAUUGUGCAAGAAGAGCUCACCUGUGUGCCAUGCCACCGAAUGCGACGUCUGUGUGCUAGCCCUUGGACGUGGGUGUCAUUGCGCCCUUCAAGCGUCACGUACGUGAGUUGUGGCUGUAUGAGGAGAUGA